GUCAUCCCCACUUUUUAAACACAAAUAUUCAAGGUUUUAUAUCGACCACUGGGGUAUUUCAGAUGUAGCUUCUUCUUCUUUUUUAUUCUUUACUUAAUCGACCCUUGAUCAAGAGCAUGACUCGUGCUUCUGUAUGAUGAGGAGAACAUAUUCUAUUCUAUUCUAUCCAUUCUAUUCUAUUACAAUUCAAACAAACAGAACCUCGGAAACAAAACCUUACGCAAACAGAUUUUCAUGCAAGCAGAAACUCUUAAAACAACAAUGUCUACAGCUAAACCUGAAUAAAUACUGGAUGGAUUUAGAAAAAGCUGGUUUCUUCCACGGCGUCAUUCUGAACUCCGUCCACUAGGGGGCAAUAGAACACAGCCCGCUGAUUGCUGACAGUCAAUCAGAAGCAGAAAUAAGAGGCACGCGGCUCCCUGCGCGGUCCUCGUGUUUGUUAUUCGCAUCCUGGAUCCUCUACUGAGCAGAACUCUGUUUUUUGUUUGGGAUUCUUUCUUUAACGAAACCUCGUGGUACUGGGAGAAGCUGUUGUGUUGUUCGGGUGGGCUCUGUCGUCAUCGUGACACGUGGACAGGAUGACGAAGCGGCCAAACAUUCUGCUGACUGGAACCCCCGGUGUGGGGAAGACCACUCUUGGGAAGGAGCUCUCCAGUCGCACUGGACUGACCUACGUGAACGUGGGGGACCUGGCACAGGAAGGACAGCUGUAUGACGGCUUUGAUGAAGACUACCAGUGCCCCAUCCUGGAUGAAGACAGGGUUGUGGAUGAGCUGGAGGAUAAGAUGGAGGAAGGCGGUGUGAUCGUGGACUACCACGGCUGUGACCUGUUCCCCGAGCGCUGGUUCCACAUCGUCUUUGUCCUGCGGACAGACAACACCCAGCUGUACAACCGGCUGGAGGCCAGGGGUUACACGGGAAAGAAGCUGCAGGACAACGUACAGUGUGAGAUCUUCCAGACCAUCUUGGAGGAGGCCAUGGAGGCGUACAGCGAGGACAUCGUCCACCAGCUGCCCAGCAACAGUCCCGAGGACCUGGAGAGGAACCUGGAGCAGAUGAGCCAGUGGGUGGAGCAGUGGAUAAAAGACCACAACUAGACUGACCUCUGGGUUUUAUCCGUGUGGUUAAAGACUUUAGAGAAGGGGGUGGACGCCCUCUGCUUUGGACCUUUCCCUUCAUGAGGCCGUCAUGCUCAGUCGGUUGAGUCUCAGCAGCAGCAGAAGCUCCUCAGGCCGGUGUGGAGCAGGGUUGUCCAUCAGACUCGUGUUACAUAAUAAAGGACUGGAAGAACUCC